CGAUACAUACAUUUAAUACAUUUUACAGUUUUUCUUACAAAUAUUAAAAAUAUCCAAGUACCAAUAAUAAUUAUGCCUCCUACGGCUCCGACUCAUAUUACGCGGAGGUGCAUAGUGGAGACACAACAGCGUGGUGCAAUGAUGAAGACAGUAUUAUCAGUUAUGAGAUUUGAAGAUGAUGCCGGUGAAAUAGUCACCAACAACUUAGAUGUAAAUGGGAUGGUUGUAGUUGUUAUAACCAUGAAGCCUCUCAAAAUACCUGAAUUUCAUCUUCUAGUCAAUAUUAAAUUGAAGAAGAAUUUGAACGCAAAGAACAAAACAUUUUCAUUAAACAUAACCACGGAUGGUUUCAACAAGCAAAUUCUUCUUUAUCAGGAUGAAUGGCUAGAAUUUCAAAUACCAACAAAAAGAUAUGAUUGCUUUCUACUCAAGCAUAAUAACAUUUUUUUAUAUACAAUUACAAUUAAUUUUGUAGUACAGGAUGCAACACAUGUAGCUGUUUGCAAUGGACAUUAUAAGGAACUUUAUGAAGAAACAGAGUUCACAGACUUUAAACUUCAGGCAGAAGAUGGUAUUGUGUCAGUGCACAAGAGUGUACUAUUCGUUCACAGUGAAAUGUUCCGAGCUAUGCUGAAAGGACAAUGGAAAGAGACAGGGCAAGGUAGCAUCGACAUGGUGGGGGUGACGGUGCAGAUCCUUCAGUGCUUAAAGGCAUACAUGUACUUGGGGACCAUUCCAUGUGCAGAAUCAGAAUUAAAACCGCUUUUACUACUGGCUCAACGCUGUUUGAUGGAUAAGCUAGCAGCUGGCUGCAUUGAGAAGCUGAUUGCAACCGUCAAACCGGAGACCUUGGAUGCACUAGUUGAUUUUGCUUUCCAAAACAACAUACCUGAAUUGAUAAAAGGACUAAUUUUGAGAACUCCUGAUAAUGUUCUAAGUAAAAUAAGCAAGGUAACACUUUAAAUGAUGAUGGGUAGUGCAGAGUGGCCACUCAUUGGUAUUUAAUUUAAGACAAAACUUUAAGUUUUAAGUAUUUUUAUAUCAUUAUGAUAAUAAAAGAAUAACAUUUUUA